AUGGCCAUGGUAGUCACCACUUCUCCGUUGUGUCUCCGACCCAUGAUGCUCACUUCUUCUCCGUCGUGUCUCCGGCCCCCUCCAGAUCCGCCGCCGUUGCCGUUCCUUGGCUUGAUGCAACACUGCUCUUUCUCCUUGAAGAGGAUGAUGACAGUUCUUCCUUCUCAGACACAGUCCAGGUCUCCUCCAGAUCCGUCACCGAAUAAGCCUCUUCUAGUUGAAACUCUUUCUCCCGUCAAGCCACUAGAACCUCCAGACCCACCAGACACCUACGUCAGCCUCGUUCCACUUCGAAUCUUCGUUAGUUCCACCGGAUCUUCUCUACAAGCUACUCGAACCCUAGAUCUGGUAUUUAACCUUUCAAGGGUUUCAAGUAAGCUUAGUGAUGGUGGUGCUGCUCUUGUGGUCAUUGGUGACACAAUCCUUGUCUACCGGUGUCGCUUUGUCAUCUUGGGAAUGGGUCGUCUAAUAGCUAUUGUUCAAGCUUUCGGAUUAUCUAUUCGCUAA